AUGUUUAUAAGCCAUUACUAGGACUUGCUUAGAGCCAUAGUUAAUGACAACUACGAUGGCAUUGACUCCCUUUGCGAGUAAAAUUUGACUAUCGAGUUAGCAGCCAAGAUAUAUGAACUUGAGAAGCACAAGGGAAUUCAGUUCAGAAUACUCAACAACACAAAUGAUGAUGAAGGUGCAAGUAAAAAAAUUAAAAGAGGGGUGUCUAAGGCAGGUAAGAGCAAUAAGAUUGAGUUUGAUGUUGAGAUAUUGAAUCAUUUUUACGUGGGGAAUAUGAGUAUUGAUAGAGAGUUGAAUCCUUCUCUCAGAGAUUACAAACUAAUCUAGAAAUAACCCAACUGGAUUGACUACAUUGAAAAGGGGUCUAUGGAAGACACAGAACGUGACUCAAUGGAUAGAAAAAUUCUGGAUAUAUUUUACUAAAUGAAAAAGUAUUACUAGGAAGGUCAAGCAUUAAACAAUGAAACUGGAACCAAAGGAGAGAUUGAUAUUGUAGGAGUGGAAGAGCGACAAAAGUUUGAAAAGUCUUCUUACCUAAUGAAAGAAACUCAAAAGAACUUCAGAGUAGUGAUGGCACAUGAAUACAAAUUGAUGCAGUUGUAUUAGAGUGAGAAGAUAUUCCAAAACACAGGCAAGCAAAUGGAUGAGUUGAUUUAAGCAUCAAAGGAUAGUCAAGUUGAGAUAGACCCAGUCAAGUUGUCAUAGGAAGGAAAUGAGUAUCUGAAAAAAGUUUCUGAAAAUUACAAAUCCGACUUUGUACCUAAAGAGCAGCUCUAAAUAAUGUCACUUGAACAAUACAUCUAGUAAGAAAAGGAAAAGUCAGAUAUGUUUUUGUUUGCCAAGAUAUUCACGCCUGAUCUAUAUGAAAAAUACAUCAAAAUUCAUAAGAAAGAGCAAAUCCCAACACAAUCAUAGGAUAACUUAGACCAAACAGAGGCUUAAUAAGCAAUCUAGAGUUUAAGAAAUGGUAGUGUAGGUGUUGAAACUCUAAAGAAAAAAAAUUUAUUUUAAAGAUUGGUCGCCAAGAUAUUCAGCACUACUAAUAGCAAGAAGAAUGAGCAAUAGAAGUUAAUUGAAGUAUUCGAUGUACUGAUUAGAAGCAAAUAGAGACUGUAGCUUUUUCACCUACAGAGUGGUAAGGAUUACAUGGAGAUAAUGGGCUAUCUAAGCAAGAUCCAAAAUUACAUAAAUGAUAGAAGCGUAAUACAACAAGAUGAAUCAGUCUACUAGUUUCAAAUAGAUCCCUUAUAAUAUGAUAUCAAUAAUCCUGAAUUCAUAUAGACCCAUUGUCUAAGAUUUGAGAUUGAUAGGUCUAGAGGAGUAAAUAAAACAUUAGGUGUUAAGAUAACAGACAUAGAUUUUUACCUUGGCGGAAAUAGGCAUGCCACUGCUAAAACCAGUGAAAUUUAUAAAUAAUCUUAAUGA